AUGGAGUUCUCGGGUUGCUUCAACGACGAGUCACUUGGACCGACGGUUGAGGGGUGUAGGGGCGAUUUUGAUUUCACGAUCAAGUUUGAAAAGAUCUUUUUCAUGUUGCUUCCAUCGACCCUCUUCAUCGCCAUGGGCCUUCCACGCCUUGUCUAUCUCAUUCGCCAGCCGGUCAUCGUGGACAGCGGCGGCAGCAGCAGACUCUUGCAAGCUGCAAAACUCAUUGCUCUCAGUGUAUAUAGUAUCAUUCAGCUCGCGUUGUUGGUGCUUGGCAUCGUUAAAUCUAACAAGUUUGUGGCCUUUUUCAUCUCUUCUUCUGCUGUGACAGUUGCGUCGGCCUUCUUCAUGAUUGCUCUCUCAUACCUGGAGCAUUUUCGAUCACCGAGGCCGGCAAUUAUCCUCAACGCGUAUCUGUUUAUUACCAUCCUCCUGGAUAUUGCCCAGACUCGCACCUUGUGGUUGGCAUCAGCAAGCUUCGAUGAAAUAACCUAUUCACGCUUGUUUACCACGGCUGUAGUUGUCAAAACCCUCCUGAUUAUCCUCGAGUCUCAGCAAAAGACAAGAUGGCUUAGAUGGGAUACAAAAGAACACAGCCCCGAGGAGACUAGCGGCCUGUACAGUCUAGGCGCCUUUGCAUGGCUCAACAAACUAUUCUUGAUGGGUUACAAGCGGACUUUGACUCUUGAUGAUCUCUACCCUCUUGAUCAGGCUAUGGCCUCGAACAUUCUACACACCAAAUUCGCCAACUUCAUCCUCAAGGGCCCCCGAAAUCGCAAAAAUGGCCUUGCCAUGUCGACCGCGAAAGCCCUAGCCAUCCCGCUCCUCCUCCCAGUCGGGCCACGAAUUGCCUUGUCCGCUUUUCAGUUCUGUCAACCAUUCCUCAUUAACUCGAUAACGAGCUAUCUUCAAAUACCACCCGAGCAGUCCUCACGCAACGAUGGGUACGGCCUAAUCGGCGCUGCGGCGUUGAUUUAUACAGGCAUUGCGAUAUCAGGCGCGAUUUAUUGGUACUUGCAAGAGCGUGCUGUGUAUAUGGUUCGAGGGCUACUGGCUGGUGCCGUAUAUAGGAAGACGUUGGAAGCUAAGCUGUCCGCAGCAGACGACUCCGCUGCGCUGACUUUGAUGAGCGCAGACGUCGAGCGCAUCAUUCAAGGCCUCUUGAAUAUCCACGAACUCUGGGCGGACAUGAUCGAGGUCGCACUCGCCUCCUGGCUCUUAUCCCGCCAGAUCGGCGCGUCCUUCGUUGCGCCCUUGAUUGUCGUUGGUUGCUGCGUAGUUCUCACGGCCUUCCUCACAAGGUUUGCUGGACCGCGGCAGAAAACGUGGAUGGAGAGGAUCCAGAAAAGGGUUGGGCUCACAUCGAAUGUCAUUGGGGAAAUGAAGCAUUUCAAAAUUGCCGGUCUGGUAGGCCCGGUCGAAGAAGCGAUCCAGCAAAUGCGCGUCGACGAGCUCAAGGCCGGCGCCCGGUUCCGAAUGAUCCUUACCUGGUCUAUCAUUAUUGGAUACACGCCAAUGUGCAUCUCUCCUGUCGUGACUUUUGCUUUCGCUGCGCGGACUCUCAAUACUACCACCAUCUUCACAUCCAUGUCGUAUCUUCUCCUGUUGUCAAAUCCGCUGGCGAUUCUUUUUCAGAUGGUCCCCGGCUUCAACGCCGCUCUCACCUGCCUCACCCGUAUCCAAAUGUUUUUAGAGAGCGAUUCAAGAGCUGAUUUUCGCAAGUCGGAAUUCAUGCGUUCGAAAGAGAGAAUGGUGACCGAUCACUCUACAGCUGUUCACCCAGCCUCAGCGAUGAGCAUCUCCAGAGGUAAUUUUGGAUGGGAGGAGGACAAGUUGGCUCUCCAAGACAUUAACCUCGACAUUCCGGCUUCGCAGCUAACUAUUGUUGUCGGCCCUAUCGCGUCUGGCAAGUCAACUCUAUGCAAAGUCAUCCUGGGCGAAGCUCCUUUUGCACAAGGGGAGGUGACGAUGGGUCUCGGUUGGCUCUCUGGGAAAGUUGGGUUCUGUGACCAGACUCCAUACUUGUCAAAUACGACGAUUAGACAAAAUAUAGUGGGUUUCUCCGCAUUCGACGAAGAACGAUAUCACGAGGUUCUUGAAGCCUCCAUGCUACUUCAAGACUUGGCCGUCUUACCAUCAGGAGACCUGACCAACGUAGGCAGCAAAGGUCUCACCCUGAGCGGUGGCCAAAAGAGCCGAGUAUGCAUUGCAAGGGCUUUAUAUCUUGAUUCCAGAUUUCUCGUGUUCGAUGACAUCUUCAGCGGACUCGACGCUGACACUGAAGAGCAAGUUUUCCGCGCAGUAUUUUCCCCCACUGGUCUUCUUCGCCGCAGGAAUGCGACGGCGGUUCUUUGCACCCACUCCGUUAAGCAUUUACCUUCGGCAGACCACAUCGUUGCUCUCGGCUCAGAUGGUAGGAUUGUGGAGCAGGGACCAUUCCUAGAGCUCUUGACCAACGAUUCUGGAUACGUUUACAGCCUCGGAGUCAAGGAAAGCAGCAGUGAGAAAUCGGACGAUGAUAUAACACUCGCUAGUUCUAACUCCCCAAUCAUUCCCCAGAAGCGUCUUGCUGUUGUUGAAGCAGAGACGGCCGCGUUAACUCCCAAGGAAGAACCAGAACGGGCCUUGGGUGACAGCACUGUGUUUCGCCAUUAUUUCGCCCGCGUGAAUAUGUGGAUCACUAUGGCCAUGAUCAUUUGCUCUAUCGGCUGGGGUUUCUUCAAUAACUUCAACGUCAUCUGGCUCAAGUUCUGGUCCCAGGACGUCGAAUCCGCCAACCCCGGGCAUUCCACCCCCUUUUAUCUUGGCCUCUAUGCCUUCUUUCAAAUAACUUCGCUCAUUUGCCUCUUUGUGGACUGCCUGGCCGUGUUGGUAGCCACUACUCGGAUCGCCGGGGCGAGGAUUCACAAGGAGGCGCUGGCCACAGUCAUCAACGCGCCGCUCAGGUUCUUCACCACCACUGACACCGGGGUCGUGACGAACCACUUCUCGCAGGAUAUGACAUUGAUCGACGGGUCACUCCCUAUGUCCUUUCUCAACACCUCUGUGAUUAUCGCGACCUGUAUCGGGGUGGCCGCUGUCAUUGCCACGUCGUCUCAAUUCCUCAUCAUCACGUACCCCUUUUUAGCCGCGCUUCUUUGGGGUAUACAGAAAUUCUAUCUCCGCACAUCUCGACAGAUCCGGCUGCUAGAUCUUGAAGCGAAAAGCCCACUCUAUGCGCACUUUAUCGACACGAUUAAAGGCCUCGCAACCUUCAGGGCCUUUGGCUGGGCCGAAGAUGGCAUUGCGCUCAACAAUAGCUUCCUCGACACUUCGCAGAGGCCUGCAUACCUCCUCGCUAUGAUCCAGCGGUGGCUGGGUUUCACGCUACAGCUCGUUGUCGCGGGACUGGCCGUGGUGUUUGUCACGCUGGCUACGCAGUUGCGGUCCAACUCGGCGUUUACCGGUGCCAGCUUGAUAACGCUGAUGUCGUUUGGGGACCAGCUGACGUUACUCGUGCAGCAAUAUACAUUGCUCGAGACGUCGAUUGGUGCCGUGAGCCGGCUGAAGAAUUUCAGCGAGAAGGUCGAGUCCGAGAACCUGGCGGAAGAGGACGUAGUACCACCCCGCGAGUGGCCGCUGAAGGGCGGGAUUGAAAUCCAUGGGGUUUCUGCAUCUUACGGUAGUGUCAAAAAAGACGGAGCGUCCGGGGACUUGAAUGACUGCAGCAGCGACGACAGGUCCGCACACCUCGCAAUUAAGGAAAUGACUCUCUCCAUAGCGCCUGGCGAGAAAGUUGCAAUAUGCGGCAGUAGCGGAAGCGGCAAAUCUUCCACUGUUCUUCUCCUCCUCAAACUUCUCGACCCGCUUGCCUCGACUGCGCAGAAUAUAACUAUCGACUCGACGCCGCUCCACAAGAUCGACCGCCAGGCCCUACGCCAGCGCAUCAUCGCCAUACCGCAAGACCCUGUCUUCCUCCCUGACGGGACAUCCUUUCAAGCCAACCUCGACCCCUUCACGGCCUCUACCUCUGCCGAGUGCCGCGCGGUCCUCGAAACCGUCGGCAUUUGGCCCGUCAUCGCGGAUCGCGGCGGGCUCGCAGCCGGAUUGGCAUCCGACACGCUGUCCGCGGGCCAGAAGCAGCUCUUCUGCCUCGCCCGCGCCGUUUUGCGCGCACGCAUCCGGGCACGCGAACGAGUCGCCAUGUUUGGGGAGAGCGUUGCGCCGAGCGGGAUCUUGAUAUUGGACGAAGUGAGUUCGAGUGUAGAUCAGGACACAGAUCGCGCUAUGCAGGCGAUUAUCCGCGCAGAGUUCGAGGGCUAUACCAUUGUGAUGGUGAGUCAUCGGCUCGAGAUGGUUAUGGAAUUCGAUACCAUGGUUGUCAUGGACAAGGGCGAGAUUAUCAAGACGGGCCCGCCAAAGGAGUUGUUGAAGUGGGAAGAGGGUCGAUUUCGGAAGUUGUACUGA